ACCAAACGAGGAGCAACUCAAAGACGUAAUCAAGACCAUGACAGAAGACACGGUGUUACAACCCAAAGAAGUGGAGUCUCUGCUGGAGAGUUUGGAGACCACCCUGCCAGAAGUGUCUGAGGAGGCCAGUGAGGAGAAGGUGGCAGCUGCAGCCAAUGAAAUGCUGGACUCCUCAGAGAAGCUGGUGGGGACGCUGGUGGAGCCAACCGAGACGCAGAUCAAGAAGUCAGUCAAAACCAAAACCACAGAUGUUAGCACGUUUGCCAUCGGAAACAACACCUCGGAGAAGGACAUCUCCAAGGUUGAAAAUGAAAACAAAUUCAUAAUUCUGGAUAUUGACCUCAUUGGCAUUGCAAAAAACAACAGUGGAUCGGCAGCUGUUGCCUUGACAACCCUAAAGACGAUGAGUUCCAUUCUGAAGCCAGCCUUCUUCCACACCAUCAAUGACACAGUGAAGACCAUGAUGUCACCUGUGUUAUCGGCCUCCCUGCCAAAAACGAAAAACAAAGCCUUGACAAGCCCAGCCAACUUCACUAUUACACACAGUCAGGAGGCGGAUCCACUGGGCCAGAUGUCCUGUGUCUACUGGAACGGCAGCGCCUGGUUGGUGGAUGGCUGUGAUGUCACCGACACCAACUCCACCCACACCAUCUGCACAUGUGUGCACUUCUCCACCUUCAGUUUGAUCAUGCAGACCGAGCACCCCCCAGAGCCAGACCAGGCAAUGACGCUCUUGAACAGGAUCCUUGUGGCUGUUGGCUUGGGCUCCCUGACCCUGGCAUUGUUGACCUUUGCCCUCUGCCAUAAGAAGACUACCGUGGCAACUCCAGCUCGCGUGAACCUCUGUGCCAGUCUACUGCUGUCCCAUCUCCUCUUCCUGCUGGUGCAAGAGUUCAUCCACCUCAUCACACCCGACAAGGUGGUUUGCUCAGUGCUGUCAGGAGUCCUCCACGUCCUGUUCCUCAGCUCCUUUGCUUGGAUGUUCCUGGAGACCAUCUGGCUCCUGCGUUCAGUGCUGAGACUCAAAGAGCUCAGAUCUGCCCAGAACAGCGGACCUCACUGGGGAUAUCAGUGUCUGAUUGGUUACGGAGCUCCCUUCGCUGUUGUUGCCAUAUCAGCAGGGCUGGUGCCUGAGGGUUACGGCAGUGAGAGGUGCUGGUUGAAAUUUGACGAAGGUUUUGUGUGGAGUUUUCUUGGUCCUGUGUGCUGUGUUCUUGGGAUGAAUACCAUCCUCUUUGUCAUCAUCCUCGUCCACCUUCGCAGCGCCAUAUCAAAGAUGAGGAAUGCCAAUGCCAAACUAAACAGAACGUUGGUGUUUAAAAUCCUCAUGCAGUCGGUGAUCAUUGGUGCUCCCUGGAUACUGGGAUUCUUUGUCACAGACAACAAGGCAUUGGAUAUCGUUUUCCAUGUCCUCAGCAGCCAACAGGGCACCUUCAUCUUCCUGCUACACUGUGUUCUCAACCAGGAGGUGCAACGGGAGUACUGGAGCUGUUUCAGAAAGUUCUUCCAUGCCAAUCAUCCAUGACAGUAAAGGGUGCAGCCUGUCUGAUUGUCAAGUCAAGUGUAUGAUUAGGAAUGGGGGAAGGGGGAGGAUUCUGAGAAGCUGGUUCAGUAGUAAAGAUUAAAUUCACCUUGCAAGUUA